AGCUCAGAGAAUAAGACGUUUGGCACUGUCCAUCUGUUGCUUUUCUUCGCUCAGUAAUAGUUUCCUGGUCACUUUAAUCUCUGUCACCUGCAUCUCUACUCAUAUAAAAUGAAUACCUCACAGUUAAUGUGAUAAUAGCCGCCUGGAAGGAAAUUACACUAAAAUUGAGUAUUUAUUGAGGUUCUCUCUCUCUCUUUCUCUCUGUCAUUGGGGGUGUGGUAUAUGCUGUUUUGUUGUAAUCAGAGUCAACUGCAGAAAGAUCGGAUUUGCGAAAGACAGUAAAAAAAAACAGUUUUCUGUGAAAAUACACUACCAACAGCAAAACACAAAGAUAUUUUUUUCCUGGGGAAAAUGGAGAGCCAAACAGAGCAAAAUCAAGAAGCAACUACUGUGCUUCAUUUAAAUGAAUGUACAACGAACAUUUCAACUGCAGGUGAAAACAUGUACAACAGCUUAAUGUGCUACAUGGUCCUGACCGAACCAGAGAAGAAAGCUAUUGGCUCAAUCUGCUUCCUGGCUGGCCCUGUGACUUUCCUGGAGAACAUUCUGGUGCUGGGGGUCAUAGUCAGCUCUGCCACCCUGCGCAGACGCCCAUCAUACCUGUUCAUCAGCAGCCUGGCACUGGCCGACGCAUUUGCCAGCUGUUUCUUCACCGCCAGUUUUCUAGACUUCCAUCUUUAUAGUAACAGUGAUAGCUCUAAUAUAUAUCUCUUCAAGCUGGGUGGUGUCACAAUGGCGUUCACAGGCUCUGUAGGAAGCUUGCUGCUGACAGCGCUAGACCGCUAUCUCUGCAUCUACCAGGCUUCCAAUUACAAGGUGCUACUAACACGCACUAGGGCCAAGCUGGCUAUUGUUUUACUAUGGUGUACAACAAUUCUAAUCUCCUUUCUCCCUCUAAUGGGUUGGAGGUGCACAACCUCGUUUAAUCCUCCAUGCUCCCGUCUUUUCCCCUAUGUGGAUCAUCACUACCAGGCCUUCUGGACGGGCCUGCAACUUGUUGUGCUCUUCCUCAUCAUUGUUGCUUAUGUCCUCAUCCUGUGGAAGGCACACCAGCAUGAAGCAGUAAUGGGUGGAGCAAAACUGGGGAGGCAGAGUCUUAGAGGACAAGCGCGAAUGCGCAUGGACAUCCAGCUUGCACGCACCUUCAGUCUGAUCCUCCUGAUCCUUGCAGUGUGUUGGCUGCCAGUCCUUUCCUUUAUGAUGGCAGAUGUCUCAGUGAACCUUACAAAACCACAACAGAGAAUGUUUGCUUUCUGUAGCACACUCUGCCUGGUGAACUCGUGUGUAAACCCACUCCUGUAUGCCCUGCGUUGCCGAGAGCUGAGGGGAGAACUUUUAGCAUUGCUGGAAUGUUUCAAAGGAGGGAGGAAACGUACUUUGGGAAAUACUCCUGUCAUUCAGCAAGGAGAUGAAAAUGUUCACAAGGAUCAUACACUUGGAGACAGUAGCCAAGAAACUAUUUCUGAGAGGGUAGACAGGCAGCAAAACAGCGUAUAAAUUACAUAAAGUGAUGUGUGUUGUUCAUGAUUUUCAUAUUAAUCAUUUGUCAACUUGUUUUAUUCACUUUUGCUGAGUAGUGCGCAUACCCAAAGUCCACAAAAUUUAGAUCUUCAGCAUAAUGUUAUCAUGCAUUGUGUGAUAUCAUGGCUAUGAUAUGACAAUUAUGCUUUGCUUCUGAUGGUAAGCUUCCAAAUUGAAGUUCUGUUGUUUUGCUUUAAGAAUUUUUAGGACAUCAAAUAACAAUGGCAUUUUAAUAAGAACAAUAACACAAGCAAUACGAGCUGCUGAACAGGAUUAUAAGUUUGUGAGGCAAUAAUGUUUUCCAUUACUUAAUUUGCAUUAACAAAUCCCACAAUGAUAAAUCAAUCUACUCAAUUUGAUGAAGACAAAAAAAAAAAAAUAAAUAAAAAAGUAAUGAGGAUGAUUGAGAGCAUGGUUUCAAGGUCUCUGGUCAAGGCUCAUCUAUAUAUAAAAAGAACCACCCACAGAAGUUGGGUCCAGUGAGAAUUAACUUUGGAAAGAGAGGUUCUUUUUGCAUCACUUUGAAUGUCAGAGGCAGGUUAAACUCAUUUCCUACAGGAUGUUGUUUUAAAUGAAUUUGAGUCUGGUAUCAGUGCAAAUUGAGUUAAAUAUGUAUACACUCAAUCAGUAAUAACACCAUAAUGCAAAGAAUAAUGAAAGGUGGGCUCUGGCAACAGUCACAACACAAGGCUGAUAUAGACUGAUGGGUAAGUGGCUUUAUCUAAAUGUCUAAAGGUGAACCUGAAAGCCAUACAGUGUUAUUUACAAUUUUACUUUAAAAAAUAGUUUGUUAGGCACUGAGUCCAUAGCACACAACAUUAGCAUUUUAAUAUAGUCUGCUGUUAAUGCAACAUAUAAAAUAAGAAAUACAAUAUAAACUUGCUAUCUUCUAAAAUACAUGCCUUGAAGUUAACUCAUUAUGUUUAAAGUAGAAUGUGUUGGGAAGACUUGAUAAUACUCUACUAGUAGUACACUAGAUUUAGUGUCUCAUUAUCAUAUAAAUAUUAUAUUUAUAAACAAAAGAACACAUUUGAAUCAGUAUUUCCUACAAUAGGUCUUUGCAUAAUAAAAACCGGAACAUGGCCAUUGUGAGUUGUAGCUAUAACGUUGACUAGCUCUUCAUGUAUAAUGCUAUCUAGGUCAACCUUUCAGGGUUGAAAUGACCUAAACACACUCAGAACAGCUGAAUCGCCAGCUAUGUUUUGACCCAAGCGUAAAAAAACACCUUUCGCCAGUAUAGAAGUACAUUACAAUGUGAAACGGAAUACCCUUAGCAUUAAUGAUGACAACUAACAAAACUUUCACCUCACUUUUUGAUAGAUUGUACCUCUUGCUUUGUGGCACAUCAUUCUUGAUGCCACUUUUUGGCUUUAUCACAGUUCUUGGUUUGUCUCUCCCUUUAUUACAAAAAGUAACUGAUUGUUAUGAUACACUAUAAGUAGACUGUGACGAGGAGGAGGGCGUGGCCGGGCCGUGAGGAUGUACACCUGGCGCUGAGUUAAUCCAGUCAGCCGUGAGGGUAUAAAGAGGAGCCGGAGACGCCAGUAAGGGAGAGAGCGAGAGAGAGAGAGAGAGAGUUGCACACAGCUCGUGAACGUGUGUAUUCUGCUUUGGGCUGGCAAGUAGGGCUGUUCGUUUCCAGAAAUUUUGGAGAUUUCUAUUCCGAUUCCUGGUUUUCGGAAUCGAUGGAUUCAAUUACAAGAGUCGAUUCCAGACUCACUUUUUCGAUUCCAUUAAAAAAAUGGAGGUAAAGUUAAAUCUCAUAAUAAACAGCUCAUUUUAAAGCAUUCUUUGCACUGUUUAUGAUAGAAUGAAUGGCAUUUACUAUUUAUAGGUCUAUUCUAGUAUUAAAUUUGGUCCUAGAUGCACAUCCCAAACUGCAACGCUUCAAUUGGGAUACAUUUGAGGGAACUUUUAUCUACACUGAAAUUGCCUGUUACCACCCAUCAGUUGAUCUUGUUAUACCUUUUGUACACUAAAUAAAAAUGUCCAAACAUA